GGUGUUGGUCUCUGUCUCCCUCCAUGUGUGUGUGUGUGUGUGUGUGUGUCCGUCUGGGAGGCUCUGGUCUGGUCUGGCUCAUUGUGUUUUGUCAUCCCUGCUUCUUCGUCUCUUUGUGAAUGAGAGGAGGCUGAUGUCAUAGAGCAGCACACAGACGGAGGAGAAGAGAGGAGAGGAUGCUGCUGCCCUCGCUGCACAGAGGGUUGCCAUGGGAAUAAGAGGAGUGGAGCGGACACAGUGAGACGACCAACGCUCCGGCUGGGCUUUCAUCCCUGCCCACCCCUGCCCACCCCUGCCCAGGAUACCCUGCCGUAAACUCCGAUGCCCGCAGAGCUCGUCAGCCAACCUCUCAGCACUGGCAUGGGUGGCAGAGGGGACCAUGCCUGGGGGGUGGAGCUGCUGUGCCAGUAAACAGCAUGAGCACGAGCGGAGACUGCUGGGGUGAAGAGGACUCUGAUGGGGACAGCGACUGUGAGGAGUUCAUGUACGGAAUACAGGGGCACUUUGCCUCUGACCUGUACCGUCACCCUCAGCUGGAUGCAGACAUCGGGGCAGUGAGGGACAUCUACACCGACAGAGCCGUGUCUGUGAGGGAGUAUGGGCCAAUUGAUGAUGUGGAUGUUGACUUACAGAUCAAUAUCGGCUUCCUGGAUGAGGAGGUUGCCAGUGCCUGGAAGGUCGUCCGAACUGAACCAAUCAUCUUACGCCUUCGUUUUUCUCUCUCCCAGUAUCUGGAUGGACCAGAGCCCACUGUGGAUGUGUUCCAGCCUUCCAGUAAAGAUGGCUUUGGCCUCGGGGUCCAGCUUAAGAAGAUCCUGCGCACCUUCGUGUCGCAGCAGUGGAAGCUCCUGAGCAAUGACCUGAUCCGCGCGCAGCAGAAGAAACGCCACAGCUGGUUCAAGGCCGGAGGAACCAUCAAGAAGUUCCGCGCCGGCCUCAGCAUCUUCUCACCUGUGGCCAAGUCCCCGUGUGUGCCUCUGAUCCAGGGCCCUGUGGUGAAGGGCCCACUGCGGGCCCCAGAGCUGAGGGUGACGCGCCUCAUCAGCCGCUCGGGCCCCUGCACCAUGAAGGGGCCCGGGGGGGAGCACUUCACCUACGCCCCGAACGCACAGAGUGUGCCGGUGGGUGGAGCCCGACCCACGGUGCAGAUCACCACCAAACAGCUGAUUGAGCUCUUCUUCUCAUCACAAGCCCUCAUCCACUGCAAGAGCGUUCCCACCCUGGAGUACGGCUUCCUCGUGCAGAUCAUGAAGUACUCUGAGCAGAGGAUCCCGACUCUAAAUGAGUACUGUGUGGUGUGUGAUGAGCAGCAUGUCUUUCAGAAUGGCUCCAUGCUCAAGCCUGCCGUAUGCACCAGAGAGCUGUGUGUUUUCUCCUUCUACACCCUGGGUGUAAUGUCUGGAGCUGUAGAGGAAGUUGCUACAGGAGCUGAGGUGGUGGACCUGCUGGUGGCCAUGUGCAGAACUGCACUGGACUCGGCGCGGAAGAGCAUCAUCUUUGACCCCUACCCCUCCGUGGUCGACCCCACUGACCCCAAGAGCCUGGCCUUCAAUCCCAAGAAGAGAAGCUAUGAGCGCUUACAGAAAGCACUGGACAGUGUGAUGUCCAUACGGGAAAUGACACAAAUUGUGGUGUCUUUGCAGGGCUCCUACCUGGAGAUCAAGAGGCAGAUGGAUAAGAUUGAUCCUUUAGCGCACCCUCUUCUGCAGUGGAUCAUAUCCAGCAACAGAUCUCAUAUUGUCAAGUUGCCUCCAAGCAGGCAGCUGAUGUUUAUGCACACACCCCACCAGUUCCUGCUCCUCAGCAGUCCUCCUGCCAAAGAGGCUCGCUUCCGCACCGCCAGGAAACUCUACGGCAGCACCUUUGCCUUCCAUGGAUCCCACAUAGAGAACUGGCACUCUAUCCUGAGAAACGGACUGGUCAAUGCCUCAUACACCAAGCUCCAGCUGCAUGGGGCAGCCUAUGGGAAGGGUAUCUACCUCAGCCCAAUCUCAAGCAUCUCCUUUGGGUACUCAGGCAUGGGUAAAGGACAGCACCACAUGCCCUCUAAAGAAGAGCUGGUGCAGCGCUAUAACCGCAUGAACACAAUGGCACAGACUGGAUCAGUGCAAUCUCGAUUCCUCCAGAGUCGGAAUUUAAACUGCAUCGCUCUCUGUGAAGUGAUAACAUCCAAGGACCUGCAAAAGCACGGGAACAUAUGGGUGUGUCCGGUGUCUGACCACGUGUGCACGCGCUUCUUCUUUGUGUAUGAGGACGGUCAGGUGGGCGACGCCAACAUCAACACCCAGGACACACAAAUCCAGCGAGAGAUCAUGAGUGUGAUUGGAACACAUCCCAGCUCCCGACUCUCUGACGGAAUCUGAGACUGCAGGACUGUCCCGCUUGGCGUGUGCUCUCGAUGAUCUUACUCCGUAACGUCUGUGUUGUGUUGGGUCUCACCGUUAGAGUAGUGGCCUAUCUGCACCACUGGGGGGCGCUGUUUAUCAUGACAGAGGAGACACAAGCAAGACUGCAAGUCUGCCCUGACGCCCUGAGGACGUCCGUCCUGUGUGAGCUGUAGAGACAGGAAGCAUGUGUGUGGAUUAUUUUCACUUCUUCUCAGUAAUGGACUCAUCAUCGGUCACUCCUCUCUCUUUCUCAAGCUUUCAGUGCGCUCUAUGAUAAUCUCUGAUGUGAAACACAGUAUCCGCAGUAAACCUGUUCAACAGUCCCAGAGUCCUCGCCGCCUUCUGUAGAUUAACCCAGUGUGUGUUUGUCAUACAGGCCCAUGUCAGGUGUUGCUGUUAGUUGGUGUCUGCUGUGUGGGCAGACACGGCCCACCCCCCCCCCCCCCCCCACACACACACACCACAGGGCAGAGGACCUGGCACUCCUGCGAAAGCCUUCAUGGACACAAGCGGAGCAAAGACACUGACAGCUGGGUCCCAGGCAAAGCCUGAUAGAGUUGGGUGUGUGGGUCAACCUGUUUUUAAUUUGCCCUCUGUGUGUGGAUAAGGGGGGGGUAUUUAAUUUGCCCUCUGUGUGCGGAUAGGGGGGGUGUUCAUGUCCUGGUAGUCACCAGUGUGUCAACAGAGGGGGUUAUGGUUAAACAUAGCCGACAUUUGUAUGAAUCUGUCAGUUUAUAAAAAAAACUAAAUAAAUUUUGCAACAUUGAUUUGCA